GAGGCGUUCGCCGCAAUGGCGGCUCCGGCACCCGCUGCCGCUUCCUCCCCGCCGGCCGCCCCGACGCCCCCUGCGCCUUCUCCGGCCGCCCCUCCUGGGCCAGGGGCAGGAGCCGCCGCAGCGCGCGGCAAGAAGCGCCCCUCCAGCCCUGGGAACGGCAGCUCCGGUAAGAAGAAGCGACUGGCGGCCGUUGGCGGCGUCGGAGGCGGGAGCUGCCCUCAGAAUACCAGUGCAGAGACAGUGACUGAAAAUAAAACCGUGACCACAGAUCCUAGUACAGGUCCAGUAGAAACAUCUAUAAAGCCAUUGCCUUUUAAGUCUCCAAGCUUCGUUCACUCUGGCAUUGGUGGAGCAGCAGCUGGCAAGAAGAACAGAACCUGGAAGAACCUGAAACAAAUCCUUGCAUCGGAAAGGGCAUUGCCAUGGCAACUGAAUGAUCCAAGCUAUUUCAGCAUAGAUGCUCCUCCUUCCUUUAAACCAGCCAAGAAAUACUCUGAUAUUUCAGGACUUCCUGCAAACUACACUGACCCACAGAGCAAACUGAGAUUCAGUACCAUUGAGGAGUUUGCCUACAUUCGGAUGCUUCCUUCUGAUGUUGUUAUGGGUUACCUCACUCUAAGGAAAGCAUCAACUGUGGUUCCCUGAGAAGAGAAAACAAAGCCAAAGCCUUGGGAAUCACUGUGCAUUUGUGUGUAUAUAAUAGGUCAAAGUUCUUAGAAAUAAAAUAUGAAUUAUAAUUAUUGAUUUAA